AUGGCAAAUGUCUAUGAGGAACCCCCUCCAGCAGAAAGGUCAGGAGCAGUAACCGGAGCAGUAACUCAGUUUGCUGGAGCAGUAAUUCAGAAUUUCCCUGACAAGAAAGAGAAGGGCUGCCCCAGACAUCUGGGAGCUGGUCUGGUGCUCUGUAGCAUUGAAGAAUCUGAUGGAAAGCUCAUUGAAGACAGCUUGAUUCAGCUGAGAUGUCACUUUACAUGGAAGUUGUUAAUUGAAACCCCUGAAAUUCCUAAUUUAGAAAACAAGAUCUUGGAAGAGAUUCAGUUCCUGGACACCAAAUACAACGUGGGAAUACACAACCUACUACCCUAUGUGAAACACCUGAAAGGCCAGGAUGAGGAAGCCCUGAAGAGCUUGAAAGAAGCUGAAGACUUAACCCAGAAAGAACAUACUAACCAAGAAGAUGUGAGAAGUCUGGUGACCUGGGGCAAUUUUUCCUGGGUGUAUUACCACAUGGGCAAACUGGCAGAAGGCCAGACUUACCUGGACAAGGUGGAGAACACAUGCAAGAAGUUUGCAAAUCCUUCCCGCUAUAGAAUGGAGUGUCCAGAGAUAGACUGUGAGGAAGGAUGGGCCUUGCUGAAGUGUGGAGGAAAGAAUCGAUAUGAAUGGGCCAAGGCCUGCUUUAAAAAGGCUCUUGAAGUGGACCCUGAAAACUCUGAAUUCUGUACUGGGUAUGCAAUCACUGUCCAUCACCUGGAUGGCUUUAACACAGCAACAGAAAGCAAUGAGGCAUUUUCUCUGCACAGUCAGAUAAAUCCAGAUGAUGUUAAGGUUCUCCUUGCCCUGAAGCUUCAAGAUAAAUGACAGGAAGCUGAAGGAGAAAAGUACAUUGAAGAAGCUCUGACCAGUAUGUCUUCAUAGACCUAUGUCUUUUGAUAGGCAGCCAAGUUUUACUGAAGAAAAGGCUCUGUGGAUAAAGCUCUUCAGCUCUUAAAAAUGGCCUUGCAGGCAACACCCACUUCUGCCUUGCUGCAUCACCAAAUGGGGCUUUGCUACAAGGCACAAAUGACCCAAAUCAAGGAAGCUACAAACAGGCAGCCUAGAGGGCAAGAUAGGGAAAAUGUGGACAAAUUGGUUCGAUUGGCUAUAUGCAAAUUUGAAAAGACUAUAAUGUUAAAGCCCACAUUUGAGUUGAGCUAUGUUGACCUGGCUGAAAUGUAUGCAGAAAUGAGCCACCACAGAAAGGCUGAGGACAUUUUUCAGAAAGUGUUAUGCAUGAAGAUCAUUGACGAUCACAAAAAGCAAGAGAUUCAUUACCACUACGGCUCUUUCCAAGAACAUCAUGGGAAAUCUAAAGCAAUCAUCCAUUAUUUAAAAGGUUUGAAAACAGAAAAAAGGUCCUAUUCCAGGGAAAAUCUUCUCAAUGCUUUAGAGAAAUUGGCUAAGAGACAUAUUCACCAGAAUGUACAGGUUGUGGAAAGUUUCAGUCUCACUGGAUUCAUCCACAAAUUGAAGGGAGAAGUAAGUGACACCUUGCUGUGCUCUGUGAGGGCUCUGAGGCUGACUGCUGACCUGAACCCUAUGUUUUGACUAGAAGUCACCAUUACCCAUUUGAUGGUCUUAUAACUACAUAGAAUAACUAUGAAGUUAAAUAAUGCAAACUGAAACUUAAAGCCCUUGGAACUUUCCAUUACUUCGAGCCUUGAGAGGAAUGUAGCUGUGUGGCCUCAGUUAUGCAACUGCAACUUCUGCUUUUUCCCAUAAAUGAUCAGGAAAGGCCUUGUGGCACCAGACAGAAGAUGCCCUGAGAGCAUCAUCCCUCCCAAUGGAAUGGUAAAGCAAUCUUUCCUGGAAUGUAACAAACAGUAACAAAUCCAAUUGCUACAAUGUAUGUACCCACCUUAGAUGGAAAAUGCUGCCUCCCUGUUUACUGCCUGUAUAAGUGAAAACUUAACUUCCCCACUUUGAAAGCUGACCCCAAAUAUUAGUUGUCUAUGUUUCCUGAGUGGUUACCCACAAGCUUUGGGCUCAAACAGUCUAUACUUAGUCAUA